GUUUGGGUGGACGCACAAAAAGCUGUUAGGCGUUCCCAUUUCCCGUAAUACCGGUGGCAUGCGAGAAGUGCACUGAGUCAGCUGCUCCAAAGGGCCGCCAGCAGAUCAAAAGCCCGUUUGUCUCUAGGAAGUGCGGCGAGAAGGUGGGGAGACAUCCUGCAGCAAACAUGUCAGGCUGUUUGGAACUUUACGGGAAUAUACUGAAUGUUGACACAACUGGAGCUUCAGAAGCAACCGCGAGACCAGAAGGUCUGAGCUAUGCAGGAGUUCCUGCCUCAGAGAAGAUAGCAGAAAAAGAUUUGAAGAACAUGGCGAAAUACAAAGCCAAGAUUACAAAAGUUGGCAACAGCAAGUGUGUUGAUCCAGCUGUGAUUGCUGGGAUUAUCUCUCGAGAGUCGCAUGCUGGGACAGUGCUGGAGUAUGGCUGGGGUGACUAUGGAAACGCAUUUGGCUUAAUGCAGGUUGACAAACGGCACCAUAAGAUUGUGGGGUCAUGGGACAGUGAAGAGCACUUAGCACAAGGCACGCAGAUUUUAUGUGAUAUGAUAAAGGCAAUCCAGAAGAAAUUCCCAACUUGGACAAAGGAACAGCAGCUCAAAGGUGGGAUCUCAGCCUAUAAUGCGGGACCUAACAAAGUCCAGACCUACGACAGAGUGGAUACUGGCACAACACACCAUGACUAUGCCAAUGAUGUGGUUGCAAGAGCCAAGUUUUAUAAGAGAAAUGGAUACUGAGAUACUUGAGUAAUUAUUAGAUUUGAGUCACCGAUUGCAUACUUUGCUUCUAAUUAAAAAAAUCCUGGAUUUCUCCCCCAGAAACAGUAAGAAUGGGGGAGGGCAAUGAAGCCAGAAACAAGUGCGAGCUUUCAAUGAUUUUUUUUUUUCACCUAGGCUAGAAAAGUCACUUUAAAUGACAACACUGCUAAUAAUCCAAACUGUAACCUAUCUUUUGCCAUUUAUUUAUCUCACUUCAUUAGAAGAUUCAAGCAGAGUUGUCACCUGUGCCUGCAGUUUUUCAAGGAGCAGAUUGAUGCUGCAAGAAAGUUAUAACACUGCUUCAGAAGAUUUUAUCUACCUUAGAUUUUAUGUCAAUAUAUGUGUCUAUCAGCAGUACAAAAUCGGUUGUUAACAAUUUGCAAUUUUGGAACUGAAUAUUUGGAAUAAAUAUUUUACAUGUUUAAUCGACCAGAAGAGUCUAUCACAACGUAUCAUAUCCUUUCAGAAUAAUUGCUCUUAACUUUGGCAAUGCGACUCCAAGGUGUCUGUUUCUUGUGACAGGAGGGAAAAUACUAAGUGAUCCGUAACUUUUUUUGCCCUUUAUACUACUUCACUUUAGCCUUUACAGUUGUAAACAACCUGUAAAACUCAAGCUGCUGUAAUUAAUACUUCUAUUGAAGCUACGUAUUAGCUUCAAUGCAGGUCUGGAGUAAGAAUAUGCACAUUAUAUCACGUUUUUAAAAUGGCACGUAUUUAUAAAAUCUGAUCAAGUUCAUGCACAAUAAACAGAUCCUUUUAAUUGACCAUAUGGUAAAGCUUUUGGGGAGCCUUAACUUCAGAGUUGUUGGGUUCAUUCACCCAUUUCAA